AUGGCCGGACAGCCUGGAAAAGACUGGCGAGGAGACCAAAGAGCCACGUCUGCUUCGCACGCAGAUGCAGACGACGACGAAGAAGGCCCCACGGCCGAGGACGGUUUGCCGUACCCUCAAGGAACUAACUGCCACGCACGGGAGGUCAGCGAAGGACUGCUCGAGACGCAAGUGGAAAUCACUUUGCAAGAAUCAGCAACAGAAAUCUACUUCUCCCAACCCAGCCUCGUGGUUCUUGUUGACACUGAGGAAUACUGGCGCCUGACCAAUCGAAACAAGCAAUACGAUGAACUCGCGGCGUCCAAGUGCUUGACAGAGAAGUAUGUGGCUAAUCACUCACAGACCCUUAACUUCCCUCAGAAAAACAAGGAGAUCUCAGCACUGCCUCCUGCGCCGGUGUCAGCGGGAGUGUCUGUCAGCCCGGCGGACAUUUUUGAUGCGUUCAACACCUUCGCUGUACCCCGCGUCAACGAGCUCCAACAUCAGUGGGCAAAGGAGGCUCACAGCUAUACAGAAAAGGGCUUAAAGAUGCCGGGUAGCCUUUUAGAUGUGAAUAACAUCUCAGUGCAACAAAACUACCCGUUCCACGUAUCUUCGGCUACUCGAAAAGCAGCCAGUUGGGGCGACGUCUCUGACGGCGGCACAACCAAGGAUGUGACUACUGCCUCGUUGCACAAAGGGUACACGACGCUCAAGACACGGAGGAACGACGGCCCCAUUGCUGGCGGACCGUCACGAGAGUCCAACAGGAAACUUGGCUUGGGAGAACAGAAACCAUUUCCGCUCCAUAUGCGGAGCAAGGGAGAAGAACGUUGCGUAGCGCAAGCAAAGGCGGAUGUGGGUUCAGGAAUUAUUGCUGAGGAGGACGACAGGGACCAGGAGUUUGACGAGGACAGCGAUGAUCGAGACACGCCGGAUGACGAGCAACUUCCGAAACUGAAUUCCUCAAUUGCAGGGUUUAAAGAGCUCUUCGAUUUUGAUGGUCGGGCACUCACAGCUUCAAUGAGUGUUUCCACUGCCAACUGGAACCCUGGAAACCAAGACUUGUUGGCGGUCGCCUACGGAACGAGUCCUGCUGCCCGGACGGGCACAUCAUCAGACGGGCACCUCGUUCUCUGGGACCUCAGAAAGCCGAACGACCAGCCCGUGUUGCAAACCCACCCCGUCCUGUCCAUGCAGGGUUGCAGCAGACACAGCGAUGCCGUAUGGGACGUACGCUGGGUUGAUCGAGGAGCUGACAAGGUUCCCGGAGAGCAGUUGCUCUCCAUUGGGGGGGAUGGCAAGGUGUACCAGUGGACGAUGAAGAAAGUAUUGGAACGGACAACAAUGAUGUCGAUGAAACGCGUCGUCAACCCCCGUACAAAAAUAACGUGGAACACGAGCGGCGUCGACCAGGCGAACGACGCCGUCGUUUUUAUGUACGCGUCGGGGCUGUGUAUUGACAUCAGCGGCCAGGACGCUUCCACGUAUGUCAUCGGCACUGACGAGGGCUUGGUCCACAGGUGCUCCACGUCGUACAACGAGCAGUACCUCGACACCUACGUCGGCCACACCGGACCUAUCAACAGAGUUGCAUACAACCCCUUUGAUAGCGAAGUCUUUUCAAGCUGUUCCGAUGACGGGACGAUACGCUUGUGGAAUAUCAAACAGCCCGAAGCAGCUGUCGCGACUCUUCCGCCAUCGACGCAAUACAGCGCAGUUACCGACUUCUCCUGGUUCGCGCCAAACUGCCCCGUGCUGGUUGUGGGAGAUAAAGAGGGCUGCGCCACCGUCAUUAAGGUUCAAGACGAAGACAUUCCGCGGUAUUCAUCCUUCGAGCAGAGAGAAAGACUUCAAGCGGUGAUUGACCGACAAGGAAAACAUUGGAUGGCCAUGUGA